AUGUCAAAUGCUACUCUUUUCUCAUUUAAUUUUGCUUCGCAAACAACGGUGAUGUACACGGGUUUCUUUAUCUUUGUUAGUGGUGUAAUUGGUAAUUCAUUGAAUGUAUUGGUCUUUCUUAGUCUUCGAACGUUUCGAGAAAGUUCAUGUGGAUUUUAUUUAAUCGCUAUGUCAAUUGCUAAUAUUUGUCACUUAUUCAUUGGAGAUCUCACUUUUAUCAUGAUUAAUGGAUUUGGAAUUAAUUGGUUAAAUAGAUCAAUAUUUUAUUGUAAAUUUCGUCCAUUUUAUGUUCAGUUUUGUAUAUUAACAUCGUUUUCAUGUAUGUGUUUGGCAAUUAUUGAUCAAUUCAUGGCAACUUGCUCUAUUCCUCGAUGGCAUCAAUGGAAUAAUAUUAAACUAGCACGUUGUAUAGUGAUAGGAACAAUCAUAUUUUGGAUUGUUCAUGGAAUCCCAUUUCUAAUGUACUACGUUCACAUUGUAUCACCAAUAACAGGUCAAUCUAACUGCGUCAUCAUUAGUGUUGCUUUCCAAAAAUAUUACAACUUUUUUUAUUCACCUGUUCUUAUGUGUAUAAUACCUAUGGCAAUUAUGAUCUUAUUUGGAACUUUCGCAUAUCGAAAUGUCCAAAACAUAGCUUAUAGAACAGUUCCAUUAGUUCGUCAGGAAUCAGAAAAACAAUUAACAACAAUGGUACUCGUACAAGUCUUUUUUGAUAUUAUUCCUGUUUCACCAUUAGUCGCUCUAAGUAUAUUUCGAGCUAUUUAUAAUACUCCAAAUGAUCCACUUAUUUUAGCAAAACUGAAUUUAAUCAGUAAUAUAUUAAUCAUCAUAAAUUAUUUGCAUUUUGCGGCUUCAUUUUACAUCUAUGUUUCUGUAUCAAAACGAUUUCGCCAACAAUUGAUUUAUGUUUUGUUUAGAAUUCAUUUUGAUCGAUUUUGUCUUCGAAGAAUAAACAAUAAUCAAAUAGAGCCACAAAUAUGA